UGAGCCCUCAAAUGCGAUAAGCAGAAAAGGUGAGUGAUUGUUGCCCCAUGUUUUCUUUCUGUCUCUUGGUCCACCUCCUUCCCAGAUCGCCUCCAACAUCUUCUUCAAUUCAUCAUCAUCCUCGUCCUCAGCUUCGGCUGUUGCUUGUACAGUCCGUUACCGGGGGUCAGUCAGAACCGGGGAUCGACCCAGAAAGCUUACUUGCAGGGCUCAAUGCUCAGCGCAUUGGGGGAGUGACAGGACCCGAGACAAUGGACGUACCAUCCGUGAAUCUCCAUGACCAUCACCGCCAUCCCUCGAAUAAUUCUUUUUUUUUCUAAGAAAAAGGAAAAGAAAAAAAAAAAAAAAGGGAAAUGAAAGGGGACAAAAAAGUCAAAGGUAAAAAAAACAAGGGGAAAAGGAGAAUUAAAAAAUGAAAAAAGAAAGUC